CCGCGCAGUUCCUUUUGCUCAGACGUUUGAAAGCUGGCACGGUGAGCGCGCGGCUGAUCGGGUUGUAGUGCCUCCCUACCCAUCCUGACUGAAUAUACUGUAACGUGACAAGCAUGGAGCUAAAUGAUGCUAACCUCCAAACCCUCACCGAGUUCCUCAGGAAAACACUGGACCCAGAUCCAGCAGUCAGACGUCCAGCUGAAAAGUUUCUUGAAUCAGUGGAGGGCAACCAGAACUAUCCGUUGUUACUGCUCACUAUGCUGGAGAAGUCCCAAGACCAGGUCAUUCGAGUCUGUGCUGCCGUUACCUUCAAGAAUUACAUAAAAAGAAACUGGCGCAUUGUUGAAGAUGAACCAAACAAAGUCUCUGAUGCAGACCGAACAGCGAUCAAAGCCAACAUAGUCAAUUUGAUGCUAAGCAGCCCAGAACAGAUUCAAAAACAGUUGAGUGAUGCCAUCAGUAUCAUAGGAAGGGAAGACUUCCCUCAGAAAUGGCCCGACCUGCUAACUGAAAUGGUGAACCGCUUCAGAAGUGGAGACUUUCACAUCAUCAAUGGAGUGCUUCGUACAGCACAUUCUCUCUUUAAAAGGUACCGCCAUGAGUUUAAGUCAAACGAGCUUUGGACAGAGAUCAAACUUGUGCUGGAUACGUUUGCCCUUCCUCUGACGGAGCUGUUCAAGGCCACUAUUGAGUUGUGUCAGACUCAUGCUACAGACGUCAAUGCCUUGAAGGUCCUCUUCUCUUCCCUCACACUCAUCUCCAAGCUCUUCUACAGUCUGAACUUCCAGGACCUUCCAGAGUUUUUUGAAGACAACAUGGAGACAUGGAUGACCAAUUUUCACGGCCUACUAACUUUGGAUAAUAAACUUUUACAAACAAAUGACGAGGAGGAAGCAGGUCUCCUGGAGCUGCUGAAGUCUCAGAUCUGUGACAACGCGGCUCUCUACGCUCAGAAGUACGAUGAAGAGUUCCAGCCGUAUCUGCCGCGCUUUGUCACGGCCAUCUGGAACCUUUUAGUUUCUACUGGCCAGGAAGUCAAAUAUGACCUGCUUGUGAGCAAUGCUAUCCAGUUCUUGGCAUCGGUGUGUGAAAGGCCACACUACAAGCAUCUAUUUGAGGACCAGAACACGCUCACUAGCAUCUGUGAGAAGGUCAUUGUGCCCAACAUGGAGUUCAGAAGUGCAGACGAGGAGGCCUUUGAAGAUAACUCUGAGGAAUACAUCCGGAGGGACCUUGAAGGAUCUGACAUUGACACUCGUCGUAGGGCCGCAUGUGACCUGGUGAGGGGCCUCUGUAAGUUCUUUGAGGGCCCUGUCACAGCAAUCUUCUCUGGCUAUGUGAACUCUAUGCUGGGAGAGUACGCCAAGAGCCCUGGGCAGAACUGGAAACAUAAAGAUGCCGCCAUCUACUUGGUCACAUCACUGGCGUCGAAAGCACAGACACAGAAGCAUGGGAUAACACAAGCCAAUGAGUUGGUGGAUCUGAAUGAGUUCUUUGUGAACCACAUUCUCUCAGACCUAAAAUCCCCCAAUGUCAACGAGUUCCCAGUGUUGAAGGCAGACGCCAUCAAGUAUGUCAUGAUCUUCAGAAGCCAGCUUCCCAAGGAGCAGCUGCUGCAGGCCGUUCCUCUGCUGAUAAGUCACCUGCAGGCGGAGAGCACAGUGGAGCACACGUACGCUGCCCACGCUCUGGAGAGGCUGUUCACCAUGAGAGGCCCCAACAACUCCACACUUAUCACGCCCGCAGAGAUGGCCCCUUUUACUGAACAGCUGCUAAACAACUUGUUCAAGGCAUUGGCUCUUCCUGGGUCUGAAGAAAAUGAAUACAUCAUGAAAGCCAUCAUGCGCAGCUUCUCCCUGCUGCAGGAUGCCAUCGUCCCCUACAUUCCCACUCUGAUUGGUCAACUGACUCAUAAGCUCCUCUUAGUCAGCAAGAAUCCCAGCAAGCCUCACUUUAACCACUACCUGUUCGAGUCCUUGUGCCUGUCGGUCCGGAUCACCUGCAAGGCCAACCCCACCACGGUCAGCAGCUUCGAGGAAGCACUGUUCCCCGUCUUCACUGAGAUCCUGCAGAACGAUGUCCAGGAGUUGUCUUCCCGUACGUGGAGUUGCGCAGGGUGAGAAUGUGCUGCUCCUCCUAGACGAUCCACUCGCCAACUCUAUUCCCUCCUCGCUAACAUGGCGUUAUUCCCUCACCUGCUGCAGCCGUGUCUGGGAGCGGACAGGGAGACAUUUCCCCUCUCGUGCGCCUGCUUCAGGCUUACUUGGAGAAGGGAGGUGCCUCUAUGCCAGCUCUGCUGCUGAUA